AUGUCCACUCGCCCGCGCCGCGCCACGCGCCGCCAGGCCAUCGUCGACUCGUCAGAUGACGAUGACGAGAUCGCCAACGUUACCAAGAGGGAGUCGAGUGAGGAGGAAUUCGCCCCGGAGCCCUCAAAGAGCCCAGUGCGCCGACCAACACGAGCACGCAAGACCAAAAGCGCUGCACCCGCCGCUGCCGCCCCGGCCGCGCCCACUACGACGACAGCACCGCGCCGUCGCGGCAGGCCGAAAAGGAACGCUGAGCCCGCGCCUUCAGAAGCCCCUUCGACGCUCGAGGCCUCGACUGUCCUCGAGGAGCCAUCCACAGUACAUGAGCCUUCCAUUGCAGAGCAAGAUGCAGUAACGGAGGAGCCUUCGGAGGAGCCUUCGGCAGUUGAGGAGCCCUCGACUCUCGAGGCACCCACGACGCUUGACGUUGCUCCGUCGAUAGAGCCCACCGAGGUUUUCGAUCCCGACCAGACUGUCACCAAAACUGAGCCUCAGUCUUCACCAAGGAGCCCCAGGAAGAGUGUCGCCUCUCGCGCGUCCACAAAAUCAGCAUCCCCCUCGGCCAUUUCAAAGAAAAAGCCCUCCGCCACGCCCGAGCCUUCCCGGCGCCAGGCAGAGCCUCUGGCCGAUAUCACAGCUGCUAGUGUUAACGAGCAAACAUCUACCCCGGAUGAUACGCAAACCCCGUUUAAGCCUGUCCGCGCCAUGGACACCGUCUUGGAGAAGCCCAUGGACAUCGUGCUGAAGUCGCGCAACCUUGCGGUUCCUGUCGUCGAGGACACGACCCCCAAGCCCCGCCUUGUCAUCUCCUACUUGAUCCUUACCAACUUCAAGAGUUACGCUGGGAGGCAGGAGGUCGGCCCCUUUCACGGUUCCUUCUCCUCUGUUGUCGGCCCCAACGGCUCCGGGAAGUCCAACGUCAUCGACUCCCUACUCUUCGUCUUUGGUUUCCGUGCUAGCAAGAUGCGUCAGGGCAAGCUCUCUGCUCUGAUCCACAACUCGGCCCAGCAUCCCAACCUUGACUACUGCGAGGUUGCUGUGCAUUUCCGAGAGGUCAUGGACCAGCCCGGUGGUGGUCACGAAGUGAUUCCCGAUUCCGACCUCAUCAUUUCUCGCAAGGCCUUUAAGAACAAUUCCAGCUCCUACUACAUCAACGGCAAGACCUCCAACUUCACCAGCGUCACCACCCUCCUCCGCGACCGCGGCAUUGACCUCGACCACAAGCGUUUUCUCAUCCUGCAGGGUGAGGUCGAGUCCAUCGCCCAGAUGAAACCCAAGGCUGCCAACGAGCACGACGACGGCCUUCUCGAAUAUCUCGAAGACAUCAUCGGCACGUCCAAGUACAAGGCACCGAUUGAGGAAUCCGCCGCCGAGGUCGAGACCCUCAACGAAAUCUGUAUGGAAAAGAGCGGCCGUGUUCAGCAUGUCGAGAAGGAGAAGAACAGUCUCGAAGACAAGAAGAACAAGGCGCUAGCAUACAUCCGCGACGAGAACGAGCUCACGAUCAAGAAGUCCGCCCUCUACCAGCUGUACAUUGGAGAGUGCAACGACAACCUUGCCGUCACCGGAGAGGCCAUUAGCCAAAUGCAGGCCCAAUUGGAUGACGAGCUGGAAAAACACCACGGCAGCGAAAAGGUCAUCAAGGAGCUGCAAAAAGCAUACUCUCGCGGCAACAAAGAGUUCGAGGUGCAGGCAAAGGAGACUGAGGCCCUGGUUAAGGAGAUGGCCAAGUUCGAGCAAGAGCGUGUCAAAUUCGACGAGAAGAAAAAGUUCCUCAACGACAAGCAGAGGAAGCUGGAGAAGACUAUCGCCAACGCCGAGAAGUCUGCGGUGGAAGCUGAGGAGACCAUCACCCAAUGCACUCAGGAGAUCGAGGACCGUGCCAAAGAGAUUGCUUCGCUCGAAGUCAGGGUGCAGGAAGAGGAGGUCGAGCUUGCGGCCAUUCGUGACAGCCUCAAGGGCAAGACACAGAAGUUUUCCGACCAGAUUGCAGCCAAGCAAAAGUCUCUGGAGCCUUGGAAGGAGAAGAUCAACCAGAAGCAGUCCGCCAUUGCUGUCGCCCAAAGCGAGAUGAACAUCCUCGAAGAGAAGGCCAACGCUGGCUCGGUAGCCAUCUCGGAGACGGAGGCCAAGAUAGCCGCCAUCGAAGACGCCAGAACCGCCAAGGCCAAGGAACUCAAGCAGUGCCAAGCCGAGAAGGCGGCACUGGAGGAGGAGGCAAAGGAGGUCGAACAGGAACUGGCUCGCUUCAACGCCCACGAGCCCAAGAUUCGCUCAAAGGUGUCCAACGCCCGGCAGAAGGCCGACGAGGCUCGUUCUAGUCUGUCUAAGACGCAGACGCAGGGCAACGUGCUCACGGCUUUGAUGCGCAUGCGCGAGUCUGGCCGUAUCGACGGGUUUCACGGCAGACUUGGUAACCUUGGCGCCAUCGAUCAGAAGUACGACGUGGCCAUCUCGACGGCAUGCGGAGCCCUCGACAACUUUGUCACCGACACUGUCGAGGCUGGUCAGCAGUGCAUCGAGCACCUCCGCAAGACCAACCUUGGCCGCGGCAACUUUAUGUGUCUGGACAAGCUCAGGGUGCGAGACAUGAAACCGAUCCAGACCCCAGAGAACGCCCCUCGUCUGUUCGACCUCGUCAACCCCAAAGAGGAAAAGUUCCGGCCUGCCUUUUACCACGCUCUCCAAGACACUCUGGUGGCCAACGACCUUGCUCAAGCCAACAGAAUCGCAUACGGCGCCAAGAGAUGGCGUGUUGUUACCCUGGCCGGCGAGCUCAUCGACAAGUCUGGUACCAUGUCUGGUGGUGGUUCGACCGUCAAGAGAGGCCUGAUGUCAUCGAAGCUCGUCGCCGAGACCUCCAAGGAGCAAGUCGCCAAGCUCGAGGAGGACCGUGACGUCUUGGAAGAGAAAUACAACGACUUUCAGGAACAGCAGCGCCAGCUCGAGACGAGACUUCGUGAGCUCAACGAGCAGAUCCCCAUGCUCGACACCAAGAUGCAGAAGAUCACUCUGGAAAUCGACAGUGCCGCCCGGAAUCUCGCCGACGCUCACCGUCGCAUCAAGGAAUUGAGCAAGGAGCACCAGCCUUCGGCCUCGGACGACAAACGCAUCGCCGCUCUCCGCAAGGAAAUUGCCAAGCUCGAAAAGGAGGUCGAGAAGCUCCACGACGAGACGUCUGGUGUCGAAGAAGAAAUCAAGGCCCUCCAAGACAAGAUCAUGGAGGUCGGUGGUGAGAAGCUCCGCCUGCAGAGGGCCAACGUCGACUCCCUGAAGGAGGAGAUCGUUUCUCAGAACGAGGAGACGUCCAACGCCGAGGUUCGCAAGGUCAAGGCCGAGAAGCAAAAGACGAAGCUCGAGAGAGAUCACGCCAAGGCAACCAAGGAGAUCGAGGCGGCGAUCCGCGAUCUCGAGAAGCUCGAUCACGAGAUCGAGAACCAGGGCGAGAGGGCCGAGUCACUGCAGAGCCAGGUUGAGGAGGCCGAGGAGGGCUUGGCGGACAAGAAGCGGGAGCUGUCAUCCCUCAAAGCCGAACUCGACGAGAAGACGACCGAGCUGAACGCCACCCGUGCAAUCGAGAUUGAGAUGCGCAACAAGCUCGAAGAAAACCAGAAGACUCUGGCCGAGAACCAGAAGAGGCUCAUGUACUGGAACGACAAGCUGUCCAAGCUGACGCUCCAGAACGUGGAUGACCUGACGGGCACCUCGAGCUCCGCUCCCAAACCUCGUGCCCCUGCACCAGCACCUGUGCGGGGAGAGGAAGGCGACGAGAGCGAGGGUGAUGGUGAUCGGACCGUGACUCAAGAUGCAGUCGACGGCGAUGACUCGCGGCAAUCUGAAGUGGAAGAGGACGACGAAGAGCCCGAACAGCCUGAGCGACCUUCCAGCCAGCCCCAGGAGCUGCCUGUGUACACCCCUGACGAGCUUGCCGACAUGAGCAAGGAGAAGCUCAAGGGGGAGAUCGCGGCGUUGGAGGAGAAGACGCAGAACGUCAACGUUGACCUUGGUGUGCUCGCAGAGUACCGCCGCCGUGUCGAGGAGCACGCCGCCCGCUCGUCCGACCUCCAGAGCGCCGUCGACCAGCGCGACGCUGCCAAGAAGCGAUGUGACGAGCUCCGGCGUCUGCGCCUCGAAGGGUUCAUGGAGGGCUUCAGCACCAUCUCCCUGCGCCUCAAGGAGAUGUAUCAAAUGAUCACCAUGGGUGGUAACGCCGAACUCGAGCUGGUCGAUUCCCUCGACCCCUUCAGCGAGGGUAUUCUGUUCAGCGUCAUGCCUCCCAAGAAAUCAUGGAAGAACAUUAGCAACUUGUCGGGUGGCGAGAAGACGCUCAGCAGUUUGGCGCUUGUCUUUGCCCUGCAUCACUACAAGCCGACGCCUCUGUACGUCAUGGACGAGAUUGACGCUGCCUUGGAUUUCAGAAACGUUUCAAUCGUCGCCAACUACAUCAAGGAGCGCACGAAGAACGCCCAAUUCAUUGUCAUCUCACUCCGAAACAACAUGUUCGAGCUGGCCGCCCGGCUUGUGGGUGUUUACAAGGUGAAUCACAUGACGAAGAGUGUGACGAUCGAGAACCAGGAUUACAUUGUGAGGAGGGGAGGACAGCAAGGCCAGACCCAGACGGCCACGCAGCAGACAACGAUGGCGCGGUGA